GCCAAGAUGCGGGAAGCGACAUUCCCUGACCCACGAGUACAGGAUGCCGACGACGUGUUUUCUCCAACAGUUAUCGUUAUAUUUUAUGCACAAGCUAGAACAGAGAAAUUACUAAAGUGUACAGGUUGUUGGUCACUGGAUAAUAGUGAUUGUACAUAAACAGGAUCCAAAUUUGCUCUGAAGGUGAAACUAGCUUUCCAAAUUCUUUCAUAAUUCAUUCUGCAUUGUGAAGCUCUCCGAGAGCAGUCUACCUUACUAAUCUUUUCUCUUGUUAUAGAUACACAUUCGGAAACAAGAGUGCGUUUUAGGACAAGGUCAUUUAGCAACACUUUAUGUUAAAAGUUGCACACUCACUUGAUUAUAUACCUUUACACUGGCUUCCCUUUGAUACUGAUCUGUUUUGAAGCCAAGCCAAAGGAAGUCGCAGUCGUGUUGUUGCAUUAGCAUGUGAAAGUAGAUAGCAACCCAGUGGCCGUGAUUUGCAGUCUAGACGUCGUCUUACUCAGUAACAGCAACUGCAUAGCCAAUCAAAAUGGACAUGAUGUACGACACAUUCGAUGACAUGGAAGGUGAUGGCUAUGACGUGAUGUACCCUGACGACAUGGCGGACAUGGAGGCCUGGAUGGCGGAGCACGGAGAGGAUUACUUUGACACCCAGGCAGAGCAGCUGGCCACCCGCGCCCCUCUUUGGGAGUACCUGCCCAGCUGUGGCUCAGAGACGCUGAUGCAGACCCUGGUUUAUGUUUAUCCUCUGCUGGGACUGUGCUUUCUCUUCAAUAUGUGCUGUCGCCUACAGCAGACUUCAAGGAAUGGUGAAAAUGAGGAGGAAGGGGUCACCAUCCCCAGAGAAGUUGCUCACAUGACCUCAGUCCUGACAGGACUUGUGGCCUGCCAUAUCUUCUUCCAGAGUCUGUUCCUCUACCUAGUGUUACUGCUGCUGCUCGCAUAUACACUACUGCUGCUGGUGCAUAGGGUGUCCCCAGGGUAUUGUGGACUGGUGGUGUCCUCUGUCACUGUAAUGUAUAUUAUAACAUGUGAAUUGUUUUUAGUUGAAACUGAGAAGUGGCAUAAAAUCAGAGGUGCUCAAAUGGUGCUAUCCAUGAAGAUAAUCUCGGUGGCCUUUGAUGUGGACACUGGUCACCUGGGAGUGCCCAGGGUGUGGGAGUUUGCUGGCUACUGCCUCCAUGUGGGAACUGUGAUAUUUGGACCAUGGGUGCCCUAUAAACAGUAUAAUGCUCUGUUCUUGAAACAGGAUGAAGGGAGAGGAAUAUUCUCUUGGCUGCUGAAGAUGUUUUUCAGCUUGGUAUUAUCUUUAUUUUGUCUUUUCUGGUCCACGUGUUGUCUUCACUGGUUAAUCCUGGAACAUUUCCAUAAAUGGUUUGUGGCCUACAGAGAUGCCCAGUCGUAUAGAUUUAGUCACUAUUUUAUCAGUUACCUGUCUGAAGUAACUGCCACCAUGACUGGUAUGACUGGGACUGUCAGUAAUGGUGAUUCUCAAUGGGAUUUUGCUGUAGCCAGACCUUGUCACAUUGAGGUUCCAAGGUCUUUGGUGGAGGUGGUCACCCACUGGAAUCUCCCCAUGCAUUACUGGCUAAAGACUUAUGUUUUUAAGACUGCUAGACCUUUAGGAAACUUCACUGCCAUAUUACUCACCUAUGCAGCAAGUUCAGUCCUCCAUGGUUUGAAUUUCCAGCUAGCUGCUGUUCUCUUUUCAUUGGGUUUUUAUUCCUAUGUUGAAUAUGUAUUCCGCGGGAAGUUGGCCAGAAUAUUCAGUGCCUGUAUCAAGGCAAAGAAGUGUAAACCUGAGUGUGAGCACACUUAUAAGGCAUCUCAUCCAUAUGUGAUAAGCACAAACCUGGUAUUUGCCUCCCUGGCGCUGGCACAUCUCACUUAUCUUGGCCUGAUGUUUGACAGCAGUGAUCAGGAAGAGACGGGUUACACCAUGCAGCACACACUGAGGAAGUGGUCCAACCUAGGAUUUGUCAGUCACUGGGUGGCUUUAGGGACCUUCAUCUUUCAUCUUCUCAUUUGACAACAACAGCUGAAGUAUCUUGAGGUCUUCCAGUUGGUGGUCAUCCAUUUUUACAAGUCAAGAAAGAGUAAACUUUUUCCAGACCCCCUACUCUUACAGAGAGCACAAGGUGAAAAGCUAAAAAUGGUGACCUUUGCAGCUCACCCCUGGCAAUUUGGACUAUCAUAAUUAUUGUCAUUCCAAAAUGUACAAAGGGCAUUAAACCUCCCCCCCACCCACACACCCAAAUAUAUGGUUUUUUAUACUUCUGAAAAUGAUGAUAAAAAUGGAUGACCAUUUAGAGCAAAAUAUUUUCCAUCAUUUCACACAUAUAUGGUAUUACAUAUCAAGGCAUGUCUAGAGGUGUCAUAGGGUCCUAAGUGCCAUUCUUUUUCCAUUGGUUUCAUAUCAUUUCAUAUCACUGGCAUUUAUACUGGCAUUGACAGAACAGGUUUCCUAUGUCAACGAGACCAGAUUAUAGGCUGUGAUAGUCCAGAAAACUGCUGAUCAUUUGAUCUCAAGAAGAUGUGACUGUAAGACCUACUGCACUGGACAUUAAAACAUUCUGACUGAAGUCAUAAUGAACAGCUCUAUCAGACUGUUAUGGCAGAAUUACCAGUGGAAGUCACUAGGUUCUGUUGGCUUUGCAUUUUUGGCUUCUUUUGAGAAUCUCUUUCAGAAAAUCUGUCAAGGUCAGGAUAUAUUAAUUCUUAAAUUUUAUCUUUGAGGUGUUGCUAGUCAAAAAUGAACAAACUGAUUCAGAACCAGUAUUGCUGCUCUUUCUUUCUUGUUGGACAUAUGUUGUGGUUGUUGUUGGCCACCUUAGUCAAUAUUGCCCACCAUGUGUACAGGAGAUGACCUUAUAUGUGGGCAGGUGACCUUAAACAUAAACCUUAACAGACACUUUGGUUCUUGGCACAUCAGAGAGGUAUACUUACUGAUCCAGAGUUAUUUAGUCUUAGCGUGUAAUUACACUACAGGUGGUUUUCUACAGGGUUGGUCAGUAAUAACUGACAGCGUCAACUGCAUGUAUUCAGAGUAUUCAUGUGCAUCAAAUGCAGAAAUGGUUAAAAUGAUGUAUUUUUAGUCACUAAGUGGCACCCUUGUGUAAUACCAGUGUUAGUCACUAGAUGGUGCUGUAAGCACAGAAAUAUGCUGCUGAGCAAAAUUUUGCAUUUUUCAUUCGUUGAGCUGUUAUAAUCAUAUUGUGGGGGGUUAUAACUUUUAAUAAUAUCUAGUUUAGGUAGUAGAUAAUGGUCCAAAUAAAUUUGACAACAUUAGAUAUUGUCAUAUUAGGUCAUGUUUUUUGUCACUUUUCGCAAAAAAAAAAGAGAUGUAUGCAUGCAAAUUAAAACCAAAAGUCACUUGAUUGCAAUCCCCUUUGUAAUCCCUCUGUGGUCGGCUCCAUUUUUCAUUGCACAAUCACCCAUUUCUGGGACUGCAGAGAGGUUAGGGUGGAGUGGAGUGCAAUCAAGUGUCUGUGGUGCAAGAGCUCAAACCUUGAUAGUAACAUGACUUGAAACUAGAUGGCGCUGGUAAACAUUGUGUUUAAACCAAAGAUUUACAUGUGGGUAUAUAUUUAUGUGGGAUAAACCAAAGGUGAAAUGGUUUUUUAAUGUGUUGAUCUCUUAUUGCAGAACUAACACUUGCGUCGAGGUAAAUGCUUACUACUCAAAUACUAUUAGUAUGUAUGAUAUUUGAGUGUCAGUUAUAUACUUAAAAAGUGUGUGAAAUGUCUUCUGGGUUUGAAGCCUAACUAGAUAAAUAAGUGCAAUUACCAAUUCUUACAUUCUCAUCUGGUGCAAAACGUUAUCUUACAAGAUGGUGCUAACGAAUGUAAUAUUUUUAAAUCUAUUGUUCCGAUAAAAAAUGUGAACUUAGGUAAGAAAUGAACUGCUGAAGACUAUUCAAAUGCACUAUACUGGGGGUAUGAGCUAGUGUUGGAACUUAUAUUGUCUGUGUAUUUUGUGGGUUUUAGUCCAUUUUACAAGGGUAUGAAAUACUUAUUUAUCCAUUAAUUUGUACUGUGACGGUUAUCCGCGAUUUGUUGUCUUACAAGAUAAGUUAUUACUGUACUUACUGAUAUUUAUUACACUGCCAAUUACAUCAAUAGUUAAACUAAUUACUGAUAUGUGAAUAUAGUGAGUUCUUUGUAGUUCAUACGUGUAACCCCAAUAUAUACCGGUAUACAUAUAGUUGAAUACCUAUCUCCAAAACAUUGAAUCUUAAACGAUUAUAACUAUUCACUUAUGCCAUCUUCAAUGACAUUUAUACCACUAGUGUCUUCAAGAAUCUGCGAGAUUCUCUUAUUAGCCAAUCUGUAUGUCACUUGCAUUUUGGAUUUUCUCACUUUACUACUUACUGUAAGUUAAGCCAUCAUAACCUGGCAGGAAAUGCGGACACAACGAGAACUUGUCAUCUGUACUUUAAAAUCCUAUGUAAUAUAUAUUUCUAAAAAAGUGUGGUAGGUUUUGUUAUGAGGUGGACACGGUUUUAUGGUGCAAAAUUGAUAUAAACGUUUUUGUGGACAGGUGUUGUUGGGUUGAUAUGAAUAAGGUGUUUUUUUUAAUAUCUUUUUAGGUAAGGUGGUAAAUAAAUGAUGCAUUUAUUUCUGCAUAAUAAA